CUAAGCAGUCGGUCAUGUUAAUAAGGAUCACUGUAUAUCAGCUCACAUCAGAACUGUUGUAUGUUUGAAGAUAAAAUAUGAAAAUGGCUUCUUCUCUUCAUAAAAGUUUUAUAAGAGCACAGACUAACUUCUCUUUGAUGCUGUAUAUCUUGGCCUGUGUAUUUAUCACACAAGAGACGACUACAGCUGCUGUCAGGUUGGUGAAUGGAUCCAACCCUUGUUCUGGAAGAGUGGAGGUUCUCUAUAAUGGAAUAUGGGGAACAGUGUGUGAUGAUAUAUGGGACUCAGCACAUGCAGCAGUGGUGUGCAGAGAACUGGGUUGUGGGAGUGUUAUAGAGGCAAAGAGUUUUGCUUAUUUUGGACAAGGUUCUGGACAAAUAUGGUUGGAUGAUGUCCAGUGCUAUGGGAAUGAAUCUACACUGAAGAACUGUUCAUCAGGAGGAUGGGGAUCACAUAACUGUGGGCACCAAGAAGAUGCUGGAGUCAUCUGCCAAGAUGUCAGGUUGGUGAAUGGAUCCAACCCCUGUUCUGGAAGAGUGGAGGUUCUCCACAAUGGAAUAUGGGGAACAGUGUGUGAUGAUCUGUGGGGUCUGACAGACGCAGCAGUGGUGUGCAGAGAGCUGGGUUGUGGGAGUGUUAUAGAGGCAAAGAGUUCUGCUUAUUUUGGACAAGGUUCUGGACAAAUAUGGUUGGAUGAUGUCCAGUGCUAUGGGAAUGAAUCUACACUGAAGAACUGUUCAUCAGGAGGAUGGGGAUUACAUAACUGUGGGCACCAAGAAGAUGCUGGAGUCAUCUGCCAAGCUCUAGCGAUAACUGGAUACCUUUGUCCAUAUGAGGGAUUUCCUGGAGUAUUCUGUCAGGUUGGUAAAUGGAUCCGACCUCUGUUCUGGAAGAGUGGAGGUUUUCCACAAUGGAAUAUGGGGAACAGUGUGUGAUGAUUGGUGGGAUUCGAGAGAUGCAGCAGUGGUGUGCAGAGAACUGGGUUGUGGGAGUGUUAAAGAGGCAAAGAGUUUUGCUUAUUUUGGACAAG